CUUGAAGUUGAAGCUUGGAGAUUUGAAGUGGUUUUCAUUCGAUUUUUACAGAAGUCUGUAUUUGCCGUAUCUUUGUGUAUUCCAAUUGUUGUUUUACUAAUAUUUCAUAAUAAUCUUAAAUAUCAGAAAUUUAAAUUAUUAAAAGUUGUAUCAAAACUUAUAGCCCUGGUGUCAAAAUUACUCAGAUAAAGGAUAUGCCUCCGGUUAAAGAUGAAACGAUAAGAGAAAUUAAUUGUUUAGAUAUAAACAUAGUAGAGAAGAGCCCGGCAAAGAAUAGUGCGCUUGUGGAUGUAAGAGCUUGUAAUAAACCUGCCGCCAAGGUAUGGUUCCGUGGUGUGAGGAGCUCCAAGUUUCGGCACGUAUACGGCGUGUCGUUUAAGCGGGAGAGAUGCUACGACAACAUAAAGAUAACGAGAAAUGCCCAUGACUCCAACUUCUGCGCUGUCAAUCCCAAAUUCGUGGCUAUUGUCACCGAGGUCGCCGGCGGUGGAGCCUUCCUAGUGUUACCUUUGGAUCAUACUGGACGGUUGGAUUUCAAUGCGAGCCGCGUGACUGGACACAAGGGACCAGUCCUCGACAUCAAGUGGAACCCCUUCAAUGAUAAUGUCAUCGCCUCCUGUUCUGACGACUGCACGGUGAAGCUAUGGCACAUCCCAGACGGCGGUCUGUCUAUGCACCUGACAGACUGGCUGGUCGAGCUGCAGGGACACAAACGGCGCGUUGCCUACAUCGAGUGGCAUCCCACCGCUGAGAAUAUACUGCUCAGUGCUGGAUUCGAUUAUUUGAUAAUGGUAUGGGAUGUUGGCAAGGGGUUGGCAGUGAAGGUGAUAUCAUGCCACAGUGAUGUCAUCUACUGCAUGUCAUUCAACAGGGACGGCUCGCUGCUCGCUACCACCUGCAAGGAUAAAAAGCUGCGUGUGAUAGAGCCCCGCCGUGGCAUCGUACUCUCUGAGGGUCAAUGUCACAUGGGGACGAAGGCAUCGAAGUGCACAUUUGUGGGGUCUGGACGUGUGCUGACUACAGGUUUCUCUCGUCACAGUGACCGUCAGUACGCGUUGUGGGACCAACAUGAUCUCAGCGCACCUCUCGUCACUGACACCGUCGACAGCUCCUCCGGUGUCGUCUUCCCCUACUAUGAUUAUGACACUAAUAUGGUGUACCUGGCGGGUAAAGGCGAUGGCAACAUCAGAUACUAUGAGGUGGUGGAUGAGGCGCCUUACGUUCACUUCCUCAACCAGUUUCUAUCUGGAAAUCCACAGCGAGGUCUGGGCUACAUGCCGAAGCGCGGUGUGAACACGGCGGCCUGCGAAGUGUUCCGCUUCUACAAGUUGCAUACAUCGAGAGGUCUCUGUGAACCCAUCUCCAUGAUCGUACCUCGCAAGUCUGACUGCUUCCAGGAGGACCUGUACCCGGACACGGCGGCGCCGCUGCCAGCUCUCAGCGCCAAGGACUGGCUGAGCGGCAUGAACGCGCCGCCGCUGCUCAUCAGCAUGAAAACUGGUGUGACAAUAUCAACACACAAGCCGCGUACGAGCAGCGCGGAGACUCCGGCGCUGCAGCCGCAGGAUGCCAACAACCGCAAGAAGUUCGCCUUCUUGUCGCAUGAGACCACACCCGACUACCGCCCCCUCGCCACCUGGCAGCCACCACCACCACUCGCCAACAUCACACAUAACAACGAUAAUGAUGUGGGUAUAAACGAGAAGUCGCAGAAAACUAACGCCAACCAGACGACCAAGUUCCACCAACUACAAAAGAUGUUUGGCAAACAGGCGGGUGACGCCGAGCCUGUGCCACUUUACAAACAGAUCAACCAGGGAGACGUCUUCACCACAGAGCAUGAGCUACGAGUGGCGUUCAACCGCCAGGGCGAGGAGCUGCGCGUGGCGCGCCGGCAGCUGCAGCACAGCCAGCAGCGUGUGCGCGAACUCGAGCAGCUGCUGGCCGCGCUGCAGGCACGCCUCGCGCAGUAAGCGACCCCGCAGCUGCUGGCCGUCACCACACUCACCGCCACCGCAUAAAGGUCAACUAUUAUAUGUAGUUCACUAAAUAUUGUGGUACAUUGAUAUUAAUAGGAUGUUGUUAUGCAAUAAGGUCAGCACAGGUAGUUGACACAAUGGGAUGGUGUUAUGCAAUAUGGUCAGCAAAGGUAGUUAUAAUUAAAUGGCGUUAUGCAAUAAGGUCAGUAGAGGUUGUCACAAUAGGAUGAUGUUAUGCAAUAAAUCAUCAAGUUUUGAACACUAGCGCUGUGGUAUUUUUGAUGAUGUUAUUGAAUAAGAAUGCAACAUUUAAUUGUUGAACUUGAUCUUAUUGUUUAUUUCACCUCUGAAUCUGUUGGUGAGAAGGAAGAUUUGGCGAUGGUGAUUUAUUACACAUAUGUUUAGUGAACGUAUAAUGUUGACCAAAAAGCGGUAAUUGUGCAUUCUAUUUGUAAUUCCAAAUGCAUUCCUUGCAUGUGCCAGUGAUUUUUGAAGCUAAGAGUACAAAAUGUACUGAAUUUUUUAAAUCUUAUUUCAAUGUAAAGCUUUGAUUGGCACAAACUGGCGCAUUCAGAAACGUAUGAUUACUUUAUCAAUCUUAGUAGAAUUUUCAUACUAUUGUAGGACCUGAUUUAAUUGAACACAUUUUAUAUAUCAAAAUUUAAAAAUGUAA